CGCUCUAAGCCCAGUGCGCAUGCGCGCGACUGUCAGCUGGGCACCUUGGAAGCGACAUCAUGGCGGCGUCCGCUCCAGGCGUGCAGUCCGCCUUGCGGAGAGCAAUGGUGCCAUCUUUAGUGGUGAUAUUAGGAGCUACCGGUACGGGAAAGUCCAAGCUGGCGAUCGAGAUCGGAAAACGGCUUCAGGGAGAAAUAAUCAGCGCCGACUCCAUGCAGGUGUACCGGGGCCUCGAUAUUAUUACCAAUAAGGUGACAGCUGAGGAGCGCGCCCAGUGCAGACAUCACAUGAUCAGCUUUGUGGACCCAUUAGUUACCAGCUACACGGUGGUGGACUUCAGGAACAAAGCCCUGGCUUUAAUAGAGGACAUGCACAACAGAAACAAGCUGCCAAUCAUUGUUGGAGGAACAAACUAUUACAUUGAGUCUCUGCUGUGGAGAGUCCUGCUGGAUACAGGGCAGGAGAAUGUGGAGAUAGCAGACGGAGGAGAUGGGGCUCAACAAAGGAAGUUGGAGCUAGAGAAACUGGGAGGAGCGGAGUUACAUAAACGACUGGCGGAGGUGGACCCCAAGAUGGCUGCCAUGCUGCACCCCAACGACAAGCGCAAGAUAGCCAGGAGUCUACAAAUCCAUGAGGAGACAGGCGUCCCUCAUAGCAGCUGGCUGGAGGAGCAGAGGGGGCAGGAGGGAGGUGAUGGGCUGGGGGGUCCGCUGAGAUAUCUAAACCCCUGCAUCUUCUGGCUGCAUGCUAAAAUGGAUGCUCUCGACAAGCGGUUGGAUGCUCGUGUAGAUGAGAUGCUGUCUGCUGGACUCAUAGAGGAGCUCAGAGACUUCCAUGUCCUCUACAAUCAACAGAAAGUCCAAGAUGACAGUCAGGACUAUCAACAUGGGAUUUUCCAGUCAAUAGGUUUUAAGGAGUUUCAUGAUUACCUGACUGUUCCUGAAAGCAGCACCCAGCAGGAGAAAGACAGACUGCGAGACAAAGGUAUAGAAGCUUUGAAGAUUGCUACAAGGCGCUACGCCCGCAAACAGAAUAAAUGGGUCCUUCACCGCUUUCUUAAACGACCAGGAGACAACGUGCCGGCGGUGUACGGCCUGGAUGUGACAGACGUGUCCAGGUGGGAGGAGACGGUGCUGAGCCCUUCACUGCAGAUACUGGACAGUCUCAGAAAGGGUGAGGAGCCAUCUAUUGCACCAAUCAGAGUGCAGGGGUCGGAGCAGAAAAACAAACGGAGCCGCCAUUCAUGUGAUCUAUGUGACAAAGUGAUCAUUGGUGACCUGGAGUGGACAGCUCACUUGAAGUCCAAAAAGCAUCACCAUCAUGUGAGGAAGAAGAGGAAGUUGGAUUCCGCCUGUGGCCAAUCCCAGCUUAGCACUGCACCUCCUGCCUCUGCUGCAGAGACUGCAGACAGCCUCUCAAAGGACUCUUGUGCUACUGUUGCCCCGGGCUGCGGUGAACCCUCUGAGGAGUCGUCCCCAGACACCGUAACAACACACAAGGAAGUACCUGUGACAUUUUAAUGGGAGGCUCUGACAUCUUCAUUCAGGUUCCCACCACUUUUCUGCACUAAGAACUGAUCCUCACUGAAUUGUGUAACAAAGAGCAUAUUGUCCACGAGUAGUGAAUAUGGAUCCUUGUGCUGUAAAUUUUUUCAGUAGACGUGUCAAUGGUCAGGUCAGUUCAACGCUGUGGAAUCAAAAGGAUAAAUGAGAUGUUCUAUGGCAUUUGCAAGCAAGGAAAUGUAAAUUCUAAGGACUCCUUUUUUAACCUGAAAAUCUAUAAGGGCUGUAUUUUUUCUCUUUUAGCCAAAUGUGCCUUAAAUGAAGAGACGAUUGC